UCGCUGUCUUCCCAAUCUCACCCGUUCUUUCUGUCCCUGCUUAAUUAUUUGUUUCAGUUCCUCUUCAAUUUAAUCCCUUGCCAUGGCGACGACAAAUGCCUUUGAGAAAAUUCUGCCGCCAUCCACAGCUGCAUCUACAUCUGCAUCGUCUUCAUGUCCACCAAAAAGGGCCCGCUACGAUGUAUUCAUAAACCAUCGUGGCCCUGACACUAAGAAAACCCUGGCUGCCUCUAUCUACGACACCCUCAAACCCCUGGGAGUUGAAGUUUUCUUAGAUGAAGCAGAGCUUGAACUCGGCGAUUCAAUUCCAUCUGAGAUACAAGAGGCCAUGAAAUCGUCUUUCCUUCAUAUUGCUAUUCUUUCACCUAGAUAUGCAGAAUCCCCUUGGUGUUUGGCCGAGCUAUCGGUUAUGGUAAAUACUGGGAAGCCAAUCAUUCCUGUGUUCUACAAUGUUGAUCCCAGUAAAAUCCAUUGGAUUUGUCAAGGAAAAGGCAUCUAUGCUGAAGAUUUUUCCGAGCACGAAGCCAAGGGUAGAUAUUCUCCAGGAACUCUUGAGGAUUGGAAAGUGGCGCUGGAAAGGGUUUCAUAUUUAACAGGCCACAUUGUCAACAGUGAGAAUGAUGAAGAACUGUUAAAGACUAUUGAAAAUUAUGUACUGGAGCACCCUAAGAAGAUUUCGUUUGUGGUUGCUGAACAUCCUGUGGGCCUUGAUGAAACCUUACUAGACUUUGAAAGUAGUGUAUUUGAAUCUUCUUCUAAAAAUGUAAAAAUUGUGGGGAUCACAGGUAUGGGUGGGUGUGGAAAAACCACAUUGGCAAAAGAAUACUACAACAAGAAAAAACACUACUUCUAUAGAUGUAGUUUUGUUUCCAAUGUGCGAAAUGUAGUGACUAAAAAAUUACAUGAAACACAAAAAAAAUUGUUCCAAGACCUUGGUGGAUUGAAUGAUAUAUCCUUUGAUAGUGUUGAAGAAGGGAAAGCAAUCUUAACAGAACAUUUGAGAUCUGUCAAGGUAUUUAUUGUCUUGGAUGAUGUAGAUCAUCUAAAUCAGUUGGAGUCUCUCUUGCCAAUAAAAGAUGGUCUAAGACAUGAUAGUUUGAUUGUGAUUACAAGUCGAGAUUUUGGUCUUUUUACAUCAUGGGGAAUCCCAUAUAAUUCCAUUUAUAAGGUGAAAGAGUUAAAUUUUCCACAUGCCAUUGAACUAUUUUGCUGGCAUGCUUUUCCACAACCUUUUGAAAUAAAUGAAUUUGAAUAUCUCAUUAAGAGGUUUUUAGAAGUCUGCAGGGGAUUGCCAUUAUCCCUUAAGGUAUUAGGGGGGCUUGUGCGUGGAAAGUCGAAGGAAUAUUGGGAUGCUCAAUUGAAGGAGGUCUCUGGAUUAUUGCCGGAAGACAUUAGAAGCAUAUUAAAUGUGAGCUUUGAUUCACUAUGUGAGAGAGACAAGGACGUAUUUUUAGAUAUAUCUUGUUUCUUUAUAGGAACAGAGACAGAUUCAGCCAUCACAGUGUGGGAUGGGUGCGGAUGGAGUGGUGUGUGUAGUUUGAAAAGACUUGUGGAAAAGUGUUUGGUUGAGGUAGAUCGGAGGAACUACAUCAGAAUGCAUGAUCAGCUGAGAGAUUUGGGAAGACAAAUUGCAGAGACAAGGGCCCCGUACCGCCUUUGGUCACCGCAGCAAAUUACCCACAUUAUUGAGAAACAGGGGGAGGAAAGCGUGUCGAUUCGGGGGAUUAAAGCCCAAUCAGACGAGUUCUAUGAAGAGUUUGUGGAGCUUGUCAGAGAAUCUGGUAAAGAAAUUAAGGGGAAGCGAAGUUUAAAAAUCCUGGACAUUGAAAACGAUUAUUUAACAGAAGAAUUAGCAACACUAUCAGCAGACCCUUUCUGGUUGCGAUGGGUCAACUUUCCUCAUACAAUUCUCCCGCCAUGGAUUUCGUUGAAGAAGUUGAGAGCUUUAGAGCUUCGUGAGGCCUCUAAAUUAGAAGAACCGUGGAGCGAGAUUGGCGAUGUCCCUGUGCAGUUGAGAGUGCUGAAAAUCAUUCAUGCCGAAAGCUUCCAGAGAUUUCCAAGGUCAAUAGGAUUUCUAAAGCAUUUGCAAAAGAUAUCCUUUUACGGUAAAGGAGCUCCUAUCGAAGCUCUACCAGAAGAGUUUUGCCAUCUCCAUUCCCUGGAGUACCUCAAGUUAGUUGGAUGUGAUAAGCUAAAAUCACUGCCUAGCAAGUUUGGCGAUUUGAUAAAUCUGCGGCUUCUGAAGUUGACAAAAUGCAGUGGUAUAGAAGGUUUGCCAGAGGAGUUUUGCCAUCUCCAAUCCCUGGAGUACCUCAAGUUAGCUAGAUGUGAUAAGCUCAAAUCACUGCCUAGCAAGUUUGGCGAUUUGAUAAAUCUGCGGCGUCUAAAGUUGACAAAAUGCAGUGGUAUAGAAGGUCUGCCAGAGGAGUUUUGCCGGCUCCAACCGCUGAAGUACCUCAAGUUAGACGGAUGUGAUAAGCUAAAAUCACUGCCUAGCAAGUUCGGCGAUUUGACAAAUCUGUUAUAUCUAGAGAUAUACAGAUGCAAUGAGUUGACGAUCGCGUCGGGAACACUUGCGCAGCUUUUUAAGCUUACUAGCCUUUAUUUACUGAGAAUUGAUAAUUGCUCGGGGCUCACAGAACUGGUUAUUCAGCCGGGGUGCCUUUAUUCAGCCGGAGGGCUCAAAUAUAUGGUCGUGACUAGUUGUUCUGUGUCUAGGAUAUCAAUCUCUCCACAAUGUUGCCCCAGUCUGAGAGGUCUAUAUCUUGUCGGCAAUCACGACCUAGUAGAGAUCGAUAGUUUGCCAACAUCAGUCACGGACAUAAGCUUUUGCAAUUGUUCAAAGUUGGAAAGCAUAAACCUUAAUUGUGGUCUGCUAAGGUUAGAGAAUCUGACAAUACUGGGGUGCGGGGAGCUUAGGAGAAUAGAAGGUUUAGAAAAUUGCAGGUCGUUAGACAUAUUGAGGAAGGAAGUCAUACAAAGCCUGAAGAUUAUGGAAAGUUUGAGGUGGGAACACUUAGGAGCAGCACGUGACAUAUCAGAAUUUGUACCUUGCUUUCAAACUAUAAAUAGAGAGAACUGGCCAGAGAGAUGCACUGUACGUUGUAAUGCAGCGCCUGGCGUGGAGGCGAAGUUGGAGUGUUUUACAUUUCCUGGUCUCACUCUGGCCCGGAAUGAGUCGGAGUGCGUCUUUCCGGAAGAGCUUUCUUCCAGCGAGGCAUUGAUGAUAUGCCUUGUUAUAAAUUCCGCAUCCGAUUACGAAAGUAGUCGAGGAAUCAAAAUAAAUUCCGCAUCCGAUGACAUCAGUCUAAAAGUGCCUAAAUACAUUGAUUGUGCCUCAUGGAAUUAUACGGUGUAUGCCGGGAAAUGGGUAUACAUAGGUGUUUUAAAAUCUAUCUUCGCGCAAAGUUUCAAUCUAGUCCACAAGUUGAUAGUGUAGAGCUGGGAUUAUUAUUGAAGGGUGAGAAAGAGAGUGUUGUAGAUGCCUUUUACAAAUUAUUGCAACAUUUGGGAAAUACGGGUGAUAUUUGUGAGGGUCAAUAGUAACAAGUCUAUCACAGUGAUUAUAACGUGGGGAUAAAUUAUUGAAAAAUUAAAUUUAAAAUAUUAAAAUUGUAUUGCAUCUAAUAUUUAAAAUCGAAUC